AUGCACGCUCUAGGGCCUCGCAUCAAUGUAUUCUUCACUCAUCUUAUGACCAUGCUCCUCGUCCUCGUCGCUAUCGCCUCUUCUUUCAGUUACUAUCAACUCAGCUCCGCUUCCCCUACAGUAGAUCUCCGCAUUUCACAACUCUCCUUCCUCCGAACCAUAUCGAGGGAACGAUGCGACCAAGCAUAUCUUAAAUUUGAUUUGACAGCAGACUUCCAACGCAUGUGGACCUGGAAUAUCAACCAUAUGUAUGUCUAUCUUGUUGCGGAGUAUGUCACGGAUUCGCAUCAGAGGAAUGAAGUCGUCGUUUGGGAUACAAUUCUGUCUGGAAAGAAGCAGGGAAAGAUUGAGAGGAGGGGUCAGAACAACAAAUAUUCACUCAAAGAUCACGGGUACGGCUUGCGUGGGAAAGAGGUUCUGGUCAAGCUCAAGUACAAUAUUUUGCCGUACAUGGGACCGCUGUUUUACGGAGAGCAAGGCCAGAACUCGUUUCUCGUUCCGCAAAACUAUACUAGCAAAGCUGUCAUUUACUAA